AGUUGAAUUUAUUCGUUUAGAAUAAACAAAUUGAUUUUGUUUUCAAGUUUAAAUACUUUUUCAUUAUAAAUCCUCCUUCUAUCAUUCUAAAAGUAAAAAUAAAAGACCACUUAUAAAGUCCAAAUACGCCAUUCUUCCACCUUUUGAUUUGAAGCCCAGAACACAAAUAUGCCAUUCUUCAACCUUCACCCUUCUUCUCCCUUUCUUCUUCUCUUCUUCUUCUUCUUCUUUCACCUUCCUGCUUUUGCUAUCCUCUCUGAUCGUGAUUAUGAUAUUCUGAUUCGGGUUAAAACCUCUUAUCUCCAUGAUCCCAAUGGCUCUAUCAACAAUUGGGUUCCAAAUCAAGCUCACAAUGCUUGUAAUUGGACUGGCAUCACCUGCGACUCCACUAAUUCCUCUAUUCUGUCCAUCGAUCUCAGUAAUUCCGGUUUCGUCGGCGGAUUUCCCUUCGUUUUUUGCCGGAUUCCCACUCUUAAAUCCCUUUCUAUCUCCAACACUAACCUUAAUGGAACUUUACUCUCUCCUUCCUUCUCUCUUUGUUCUCACUUGCAACUCCUCAAUCUUUCUAAUAACCUUCUUGUUGGUAACUUGCCGGACUUUUCUUCUGGUUUCAAACAACUGCAAACUCUCGAUCUCUCUGCCAACAAUUUCACAGGUGAAAUUCCUCAUAGCAUUGGGGGGUUAUCCGCACUGAAAGUGCUCCGUUUGACGCAGAAUCUACUCGACGGCUCAUUACCUUCCGUUCUGGGAAAUCUCAGUGAGCUAACUGAAAUGGCCAUCGCUUAUAAUCCGUUUAAACCCGGUCCGCUACCGCCUGAAAUCGGCAACCUGACGAAACUUGUAAAUAUGUUUUUACCGUCUUCCAAACUCAUUGGACCCCUUCCUGAUUCCAUUGGAAACCUUGCUCUACUUACUAAUCUCGAUUUAUCUGCCAAUUCAAUUUCGGGACCGAUCCCGUAUUCAAUCGGUGGAUUAAGAAGUAUAAAGAGCAUUCGACUCUAUAACAACCAAAUCUCCGGGGAGUUGCCAGAGAGCAUCGGAAAUUUGACUACUUUGUUUUCCCUGGACUUAUCGCAGAAUAGUCUCACCGGGAAAUUGUCGGAGAAAAUUGCUGCUUUGCCUCUUCAGUCUCUGCAUCUCAAUGACAAUUUCCUUGAAGGCGAGGUUCCCGAGACCUUAGCUUCUAACAAAAAUCUUUUGAGUUUGAAACUCUUUAACAAUAGCUUUUCCGGCAAACUUCCUUGGAAUUUGGGUCUAACUUCUUAUUUGAAUUUGUUUGACGUCUCUUCCAACAAUUUCAUGGGCGAAAUUCCGAAAUUUCUCUGCCAUGGAAAUCAACUUCAAAGAAUCGUUUUAUUCAAUAAUCAUUUCUCAGGAAGUUUUCCAGAAGCGUACGGUGGUUGCGAUUCUCUGCUUUAUGUCAGAAUUGAGAACAAUCAACUUUCCGGGCAGAUACCAGACUCGUUCUGGAAUCUCUCUAGACUUACUUAUAUUCGGAUAUCAGAAAAUCGAUUUGAGGGCUCCAUUCCGCUUGCGAUAAGUGGCAUUCGUUAUCUCCAAGAUUUGGUGAUUUCCGGCAACUUCUUCUCCGGCCAAUUACCGAAGGAGAUUUGCAAACUGCGAGACCUCGUCCGGUUAGAUGUCAGCAGGAAUAAAUUCUCAGGGGGAGUUCCUUCAUGUAUAACAGAGUUGAAGCAACUUCAAAAGCUCGACCUCCAAGAAAACAUGUUUACCAGAGAAAUACCCAAGUUGGUUAACACAUGGAAAGAGUUAACCGAGUUGAAUCUAUCUCACAAUCAAUUCACCGGUGAGAUUCCGCCUCAACUCGGAGAUUUGCCAGUUCUAAAAUAUUUAGAUCUCUCUUCAAAUUUACUCUCCGGCGAAAUCCCCGAGGAAUUAACAAAGCUAAAACUUGGUCAGUUCAAUUUUUCCGACAACAAAUUGACCGGAGAAGUUCCUUCCGGCUUCGACAACGAACUAUUUGUCAAUAGCCUAAUGGGUAAUCCCGGUCUAUGUAGCCCGGAUUUGAAGCCGCUGAACCGGUGUUCCAAAUCCAAAUCCAUAAGUUUUUAUAUAGUUAUUGUUCUGUCCCUCAUUGCUUUCGUUCUUAUCGGGUCUCUCAUUUGGGUAGUCAAAUUUAAGAUGAAUCUCUUCAAGAAAUCAAAAUCUUCAUGGAUGGUGACUAAGUUCCAACGUGUUGGAUUUGAUGAAGAAGAUGUAAUUCCUCAUUUAACCAAAGCAAAUAUUAUUGGAUCAGGCGGGUCAAGCACUGUGUUCAAGGUGGACCUAAAAAUGGGGCAAACUGUCGCCGUGAAGAGUCUUUGGAGUGGCCACAACAAAUUGGAUUUGGAAUCGAUUUUCCAAUCAGAAGUUGAGACACUAGGUCGGAUUCGCCAUGCCAAUAUUGUGAAGUUGCUCUUCAGUUGCAGCAAUGGUGAAGGAAGUAAAAUUCUUGUUUACGAAUACAUGGAGAAUGGAAGUUUGGGAGAUGCUCUACAUGAACACAAAUCCCAAACUUUAUCUGAUUGGUCCAAACGACUUGACAUCGCUAUUGGAGCAGCUCAAGGAUUAGCUUACUUACACCAUGAUUGCGUUCCUCCAAUAAUCCAUCGUGAUGUUAAGAGCAACAACAUUCUCUUGGAUGAAGAAUUCCACCCACGAGUGGCUGACUUUGGUUUAGCGAAGACGAUGCAGCGCCAAGGAGAGGCAGAAGAUGGCAAUGUCAUGUCUCGUAUUGCUGGCUCCUAUGGUUACAUUGCUCCUGAGUAUGGGUAUACAAUGAAGGUGACAGAGAAGAGCGAUGUGUAUAGCUUUGGAGUGGUGUUGAUGGAAUUAGUGACAGGGAAGCGACCGAAUGAUGCAUGCUUUGGAGAGAACAAAGAUAUUGUGAAAUGGAUGACAGAGAUUUCAUUGUCAGAAUGCGAUGAAGAGAAUGGGUUAAGUUUAGAGGAGAUUGUUGAUGAAAAGUUGGACCCAAAGACAUGUGUAGUAGAAGAGAUAGUGAAGAUUUUGGAUGUGGCAAUUCUUUGUACCUCUGCUUUGCCUCUCAAUAGACCAUCAAUGCGAAGAGUGGUUGAGCUGUUAAAGGACACCAAAUUGCCUCAUUCCAAGUCGUGAACUUUGCAUCUUUUAGUGCAUGUGAAUGUCAAAUAAAGUUUUUUUUUUUUUCCCUCAUUCAUCUCUUUUCUUUCUUCUUUUGGAAUGAACAAAGUUCUGAUGAGAUAUAGGUUUUCUUGUUUAUGUGGCUCUACAUUUUCUUUAUUAACUUUUAUGUGUUUUGCCUCUUUGACUUUUAGUGAGGGUGAGAACAAAUUUCUUGGAGUAA